UAGUCAACAAGAUGGCGGCCUCACGUGUGGAAGAAGAAGCUGCCGCCGCAGAAAGUGAUUGUGGCUCUGAACAAAGCUCAGGUCUUCCAGAUGACAGCUUUUCUUCUGGGGUUGAGGAAUUCGAAGGCGAUGAGGAGGAUGCGUCUGCAGUCUUGGAUGACAAAGAUGAAACUGCAGCUGAGUCCAAAGAUGCAGCAAACCCUGGCUGGGCUGAUGCCAUGGCGAAAGUGCUUAACAAAACAGUUCCCAAGAGUAAACGUACCAUCUUGGUUAAGAACAAAGCACGAGACAAGGAACGAGAGAGAGAGAAACAAGAAAGGUUGGAGAAGAGGAGGCAGCUUGAUAAAAAGCGGGAGUGGGAAGCGAUGUGCAGAGUGAAGCCAGAUGUUGUCAAAGACAGAGAAACAGAGAGAAACCUUCAGAGAAUUGCCACGAGGGGAGUAGUCCAGUUAUUUAAUGCUGUCCGGAAGCACCAAAGAAAUGUUGAAGAGAAGGCAAAAGAGGCAGGGACUUCCGACAGAAAACGGGCCAAAUUGAUAUCAUCUGUUUCAAAGAGAGACUUUAUUAAUGUACUGAGAGGGAUGGAAGGAACAGAAGUGGAGCAAAACACCAUUAGGAAGUCCUUGAAAAGCAAACAGGGUGACGCUAAAUCUGAAGAGGGGCCAGCAUGGAGUAUAUUGCGAGACAACUUCAUGAUGGGAGCCUCAAUGAAAGACUGGGACAAGAAAAGUGAUGGGGAAGACAACAAUGUUCAAGAUGGGGAAAUCAAACAGGAGAGCAGAAGUGACUCGGACUGAUGAAAUUGAAAGCAUGUAUAUUUUGGUUAAAUGGAGUUUUUGUUCAUCCAGGCAGCCUUAUUAUACAAAAGCAAAGACUUGUUAAAGGUUGAAGAAAAACUGUUUUUAACAAAACAUUGUCUAACAAUCUUGAAAUCCAAUGGUAUUUCCGCACUAAUUAAUGCUUAAUUGUUUAUAGAUUUCGAAAACAUUUUGUACAGUCCAGACUGACUCCUUCCCAAUCAGAAAGGGGAGGAUUUUGCCAAGUUCAUUAUAAGUUUAAACGCAGCUUAAUGUUGUUGUGCUCACUUUUCCAUUUUGAGUUUAGUAACUUGGUUAGAUUUUGAUAAGUUUAUACAAUAAAUAUUGGAAUACCAGAAACAUGUAUGAAAUUAGCCAUCUCUUACAGACAUUUGAUCUUUUUUGGCUUUUCUUGUAAUACAGUAACCAUUAAUGUGACAGGUUUUUUGGGUCUCUUUAAGUGAUGAGACAACCAUGAAGAAGGAAAGCUGGGAUACUGAGACAUGUCAUAUCUUUUUUGUAUGUACAUGAGGGUGGAGGGACAUAAGACUGGGACAGUUUGAAAAAAAGUUCCAGUAGAAAAGGUUUUCACAUAGAAAUUGCAGGUGUUAAAUAUUUUAUAUUCAGAGGAGAAAAAGAAAACAACAGAUUUAUGGAAUCAGGUUUAGGAAACAGUAACAGUUUAUGGUGGCUAUAUAUGUCAGAGAGGUUAUACAGUCCAGUAAGACUGAGAAUGUAAGAGAAAUAGAUUCACUUACAGAAAUAUUUGGGUAGAAAUAGUGUGCCCCAAAGGAAGCUUAACUCUGGGAGUUUGUUAUCGCCCACCAGAUCAAAGGUCAGAGAAUAAUUUAAA